UGCCAGCCGUGUUCAAAUUUACAACCUAAGCAGAGAUCUAAAGCUAGUCCUUAGCUGCCAGCCGGUUAGCCUCUGCUAGCAGCGGCAGCUAAUCUAGUUUAGCUGUUGGCUCCAACAUGAGGCUGAAAGUAGGCUUUAUUCUGCGUAGUCUGCUUGUUAUUGGGACCUUCCUUGGUUUGGUGGUGCUCUGGUCUUCCAUGUCACCGAAAAGCAACGACGAAAACCCUUUUGGAAAACGGGAUGACAGUGUGCUGCCCAAAGGAGACCUAGCGGAUCAGUUUAAGCCUGUGGUGCCCUGGCCUCAUGUUGAAGGGAUGGAGGUUGACCUGAACUCCAUUAGACUCAAAAAUGAAGGGGCCAAACAUGCCCAGAAAGCAGAGCAGGAGCCCAACCAGAAGCAGGUGAUCCAGCAGCAGUAUGUGACAUUUAAACCCCACACACAAGCCUACACCAGCCCUGUCCUGAAGAAAGGUAUCCUGGGAAACUUUGAGCCCAAAGAACCUGAGCCUCAGGGGGUCCCUGGCGGUCCUGGAGAGGGAGCCAAGCCUUUUGUCCUGGGUCCAGAGUACAAAGACGCCAUCCAGGCUUCCAUCAAAGAGUUUGGCUUCAACAUGGUAGCUAGUGACAUGAUCUCACUGGAUAGAACCAUCAGUGAUAUACGCCAUGAAGAGUGUAAGUUCUGGCAAUAUGAUGACAGACUGAUGACCUCCAGUGUGGUGAUAGUCUUCCAUAAUGAAGGCUGGUCUACACUGAUGAGAACCAUCCACAGUGUCAUCAAGCGGACUCCCAGUCAGUACCUGGCUGAGAUCGUCAUGAUAGAUGACUUCAGCAACAAAGAGCAUCUGAAGGAGCGUUUGGAGGUCUACAUCAAGCAGUGGAAUGGUCUUGUAAAACUCUUCAGGAAUGAGAAGCGAGAAGGACUGAUCCAGGCCAGGAGUAUAGGAGCACUCAAGGCCACGAAAGGACAGGUGCUGAUCUACCUGGAUGCUCAUUGUGAGGUUGGAGUCAACUGGUAUGCUCCUCUGGUUGCUCCUAUUUCAAAAGACAGGACAGUAUGCACAGUACCACUGAUAGACUAUAUAGAUGGUAAUGAGUACACUAUGGAGCCGCAGCAGGGUGGAGAUGAGGACGGCCUGGCUAGAGGAGCCUGGGACUGGAGCCUGCUCUGGAAGAGGGUUCCUCUUAGCCAGAGAGAGAAGGACAAGAGAAAACACACCACGCAGCCCUACCGGUCUCCAGCCAUGGCGGGCGGCCUCUUUGCUAUAGAGAGAGACUUCUUCUUUGAGCUGGGUCUGUAUGACCCAGGGCUUCAGAUAUGGGGAGGAGAGAAUUUUGAAAUAUCAUACAAGAUCUGGCAGUGUGGUGGCAAGCUGCUCUUUGUACCCUGCUCUCGUGUCGGCCAUAUCUACAGACUUCCGGGUUGGCAAGGCAACCCUCCACCUGCACAUGUGGGAUCCUCACCCACUCUGAAGAACUAUGUCCGUGUGGUGGAGGUGUGGUGGGAUGAAUAUAAGGACUACUUCUACGCCAGCCGCCCUGAAACCCUCACUCUAGCCUAUGGAGACAUCAGUGAGCUGAAACGCUUCAGAGAGGAUCAUCGAUGCAAGAGCUUCAAGUGGUUCAUGGAGGAAAUAGCAUAUGACAUUCCAAUGCACUACCCUCUGCCUCCUAAAAAUGUAGAAUGGGGAGAGAUCCGAGGCUUCGAGACAAGUUACUGCAUUGACAGUAUGGGACACACCAACGGAGGCAAUGUGGAAAUAGGACCGUGCCACCGAAUGGGUGGAAACCAGUUGUUCCGUGUCAACGAAGCUAACCAGCUGAUGCAGUAUGACCAAUGCCUGACGAGAGGAAGUGAUAAUUCAGCGGUCAUCAUCACACACUGUGAUCAGAAGCAGCACACUGAGUGGAAGUAUUUCAAGGAUCUCCAUCGGUUCACUCAUGUGCCAACAGGGAAAUGUCUGGACCGCUCCGACCUGCUCCACAAAGUCUUCAUAUCAGACUGUGACAACAGUAAAACCACUCAGAAAUGGGAGAUGAACAACAUAGUGGCUGUCUGAACACUACUGGAACAAGCAGAACCACUGAGAAACACAUCCGUACUAGACGUUUACAGACAAAGCCAGCUAAUACUGUCCUUUUGAAGAAAUAAUGUUUUUGAUAUGAGCCAGCUGGUGUCAGUGCUUCUCAAUUUAAAGAUACUGAGAUUAGACUUUAACAGCUUCAACGCCAACACGUUUGGUUGGAACUGUUGCUCCACAAGCUCAUGCAUUACACAGACACUCCAUGUGGCAGAAGGGCAACUGGUCAGUGAGGAGGCUGAUGCUGCUGCUGCUUCAAAUGACUGUACGACAAAUUGUCUCUCUGUCCUUCAUACUGUUUGUUUUCCACUUGUUCUUUCUGUUCUUUUGGGCUCUCAGGUCUUUUCUAAAUCACUACAUUGAUUUAUAAAAGAAAUCAACAUCUACUCUGACUAUUGAACGAUCAUGCUCUUAUUAGACCUUCCAAUCACCUACCAAAGAGUCCUUUUUAUUGUUGGAGGAUUCAUCCAAGCAGCAGUGUGUAACAGGUGGUGCUGGGUGCUGUCAUGGCUGUUUGAGUUUCGGCUUGUUGUGAGUAAACAAUCAACAUGUAAGGAUGACAAACUGUUACUAUUCUUCUGCUUGGCCCUGUUUGGCCAUCUCUUGAAAAAAAGCUGAUAGGCUAUUUCACCAUUUCAGUGAAAAUACAGCAACCUUCCUGCAGGGCCAGCACUGACAGAGGGGGGAACUCCCAGAGGUGGGAGUUAAGCUGUUGUAGACCCGUGCUUUCUUCACAUUUACACCCCAGAGGGUUUUUUCAUCUCAAACUAAAGGGCCAUUCUAGCUUGCAACUAGUACAGUAAUCCAACAGGCUUAAUUUGAUCAAUGAAUAAACAGGAUUACAUUGAAAAGUAAAAUACAAAACAAACAGUACAGUGUUUGUUUCCUUAAACCAUCUCAAGGUCCAUUAUUAGUGGGCCAUGCCUGAAACUUAAUUGUAUUAGUUGCCUAUAAUUCUUUUGAUAUCCGUUGGUUUAAUUCAUUUCCAUCACCGUCUCCGAACAUUGAGAGGUUUAAAAGGAGCCUGAGGAGAGCACAUCUGAGAGCAGUGAUCCUGCCUUACUGACAGACCUGAUGAGUAGAUCAGUAGCUGACCAGCUGUCUGUCACCUAGUAACUGUCCGUCUGAAAAUGAAAGGAACAUCAUGUGGUCUGGGUGGGGAAUGAUUGAAGUGACAAAUUGACACAAUCACACACUGUGGGGUUGGGGGGGGGAUAAUGUGGUGGUUUUGGUUUGUGUUGCAAGGUAAAGAGGGUUGGUGUAUGGCUGAUGAUGUAUGCAAUGUUUUGUACAAUGUAAAUAGAUGUCUUUGUAAAGAUCAAUCAUAAUUGCAUUUUGUGAAGGGCCUUGAAUGAUGAUGUAAAUAUCUAACUUAUAGCAGCAAUUUAAGAAGGGUGGCUGAACAAUGGGUGAUUGAGCAAAUAAAACAUCAAAUUUUUA